CAUCACUUCUCUUCACGCACAUCACAUCCUCUCUCUCUCUCUCUCUUUUCAAAUUUUGUUUGUUCAGAUCAUAGAAAAGUGUCACUGUUGUUAAGUGUUGGUAAGUUACCAUGGCUGAGGAAGUUCCAAAGACAAGCACAACUCAAGAGGAGGUGGUGGUCUCUGACGUGGCACCUGCUGAGAAACCAGACACCACCAACGUUGUUGUUGUUCCCCUAGAGAAAGACGCACAACCACAACAAAAUGAAGAAGAAACCUCGCCAGAGAAGAAGAAAGAGAACGUUACCGAAACUGAAACCGAGUCCGAGGUUUCAAAACCAAGUGGCGACGACAACGUUCCUGAAUCCGGUUCUUUCAAGGAAGAAAGCACCAUUGUCUCCGACCUACCAGAGACCGAGAAAAAGGCUCUGCAAGAACUCAAACAACUUAUUCAAGAAGCGCUCAACAAACACGAGUUCUCCGCGGUGCCAACAAGUAACCCUCCCAAAGAUGAAAAACCCGACAACAAGGAAGAACAGAACCCCGCGGAGGUAGAAGAGAAGCAACAAGUUUCUGAUGCUGCUGCUGACGUGGCAGAAGCGACAGAAAAAGAAGCUGCAGAAGUUAAGGUAACCGAAACUGAGGUUGUUGAAGAGAAAGUGGCGGUGUCUGCUUCUUCUGCUGAUGAAGACGGAGCUAAAACGGUGGAAGCUAUCGAAGAAAGCGUUGUGUCUGUGACUGUUUCCGAGGAAGCAAAGGUGGAAGCUGUUUCUGCUUCACCCGAAGAAGUUUCCAUCUGGGGUGUUCCUCUUCUUGCUGACGAGAGGAGCGACGUGAUUCUCUUAAAGUUUCUGCGUGCUCGGGACUUCAAGGUGAAGGAGGCAUUCGCGAUGAUAAAGGGCACGAUUCGGUGGAGGAAGGAGUUCAAGAUGGAGGAGUUGUUAUUGGAGGAUUUAGGUGAUGAUUUGGAGAAAGCGGUGUACAUGCAUGGAUUCGACAAGGAGGGUCACCCCGUGUGUUACAAUAUCUAUGGGGAGUUUCAGAACAAGGAGUUGUACAAGAAGAGUUUCUCUGAUGAGGAGAAGAGGUAUAGAUUUCUCAGGUGGAGGAUUCAGUUCCUGGAGAAGAGUAUCAGGAAGCUGGACUUUAACCCUGGUGGGAUAAGCACCAUUGUUCAGGUUAAUGAUCUCAAGAAUUCUCCUGGCCCUGCCAAGUGGGAGCUUAGACAGGCUACCAAACAGGCCCUCCAGCUGCUUCAGGAUAACUAUCCUGAGUUUGUAGCCAAACAGGUGUUUAUCAAUGUGCCUUGGUGGUACUUGGCAGUGAACAGGAUGAUAAGCCCUUUUCUUACUCAGAGAACCAAAAGCAAGUUUGUCUUUGCUGGACCUUCUAAAUCAGCUGAGACCCUUUUGAGAUACAUUGCUGCGGAGCAACUUCCGGUCAAGUAUGGGGGACUAAGCAAAGAUGGCGAGUUCGGAAUUUCCGAUGCUGUUACAGAAAUUACAGUGAGGCCAGCAGCAAAACAUACCGUAGAGUUUCCAGUUACUGAGAACUCUCUACUCUCUUGGGAGCUCAGAGUAAUAGGGUGGGAUGUAAGCUAUGGUGCAGAGUUUGUGCCAACUUCAGAGGGAAGUUAUACUGUGAUCAUCCAGAAGGCUAGAAAGGUUGCUUCAUCAGAAGAACCGGUGCUUUGCAACAACUACAAAAUUGGUGAACCUGGGAAAGUGGUUCUCACCAUUGACAAUCAAAGCUCUAAGAAGAAGAAGCUCUUGUACCGCUUAAAGGUCAAGCCUUCUUCUGACUGAGAAUCUUAUCAUUGUUAUGUACAUCCAUAAGGGGGGUGGAGAAGAGCAGUGCCUACAUUGGUUGCUUAUGUUCUUGCAUUCACUUUUACCACCCAAGAUGUCCAAAGCUUCAAAGAUGUGGACUUUGCUGCAAGCAGAGGAAAGUUUUAAUGAAGAUCGUGAUCAUGUGUUUCAAUCAUAUAUAUUUUUUCUGCGUUUCUUUAAUUAUUUAUUAUUGUUAUCAUUGUUGGAGGGGAUCUUUUGAUUUUUGAAUUCGUAUUCAUAUAUGGAGGACAUAAUUGCUCUAUUUAUCUGUAUAAAUUUCAUGUAAAUUUUGGUGGGGCCAUUUUAUUAAUAUGUUUGUCUUUUUGUCUGUAGCCAAGCUUAAAAAUAUUUGAUCUGUCA